CCUGCCACUCCCACAGUACACAGACCCAGGAAGAGAGAGAGAGCACAUACGCAAACUGGCACAAUUCCUGAGGUAAAUUAUUUUUCUGCCUGCAGGGAAUAUUUGGGGAAGAGUGAGAACCUGGCAAAGGGAGUAAACAUUUUAACUUGCAGUAACUCUCCCUCAUGGCACGACUCCCUGUGCUGUUUUGGUGUGGGGGUUCUCGCCUGACUCCAGCAGUGCCAAAUUGUCUGUGUGGAGGAGGGUGAAGUCGCCUUGGGCGUGGUUCAGAAUUCAAAUGCCAGUCUUCCUCCUUUCUUAGCACAAGGUAAGCAAUAAUAUGCUUCUGAGAUUUUGUAUGCCUUGGAUGCAACAGUGUGAACAACUGCUGUUCUCGCCGUGUGUAAAUGCAGCCUGCAGAAUGAGUGCAGGAAUCUAGUCCUGAAAGUUUGGCUGUCUUACAAAGGGCACCUAUUAGAAUCGGCACAACUGCUGUAUCUGUCUAUGCUCUUCUCUUCAUUCAUUAUGAUUGCUUUGCUAGUCUUUGAGCUCAGAUGCUUGCCUUCUGUCCUGUUUCUGUACACUACUUGAUUUCCCCGUUUCCUGUUCAGGUCUCUGGCACUUGGCCAUUCUCCGUUCCAACCUCAAUGUGCUCUUUCAAUGUUCUACUAUUCUUUUUAAGGGCAGAGGGUGCCUCCAGGCUGUUAGUAUUUUGCAGGAGGUAUUGAAGUGCAUUCUCAGACUUUAGGGUCUUGUGCACAUUUGAGUAUUAUUUAGCUGUUCGCUUGCUUACAGCCCUGCCCAGUUGGAAUUAGACUGGAGUGGUUCACACCUGCACAUAUUUGAAUUUGUGUAUCAGGAGUAAUUUCAGCCUUUCCCUUUCAUACCCUUUUGUGUGCGUCCCUGCCUUCUAAUUUGUUGAUUCCAUUACAUGCCAAUUAAGUAUUAACAGGGCAUGCACACAGAUAAUUUUCUGUGCAAUUUGUGGUUUUGAAAAAUUUCCCUGCCCAAGUAAUGUGCAGAGACACACAGUCAGACAACUGACGUGUUCCUGAGCUGUGGCUAUGCUCCUGAGGCGCUCUUAUUAGCUUGCUGGGAAAGAAAUGAAAAAAAAUUGUACAGUGGUGCCUCGCAAGACGAAAUUAAUCCGUUCCGCGAGUCUCUUCGUCUUGCGGUUUUUUCGUCUUGCGAAGCAAGGCUAUUAGCGGCUUAGCGGCUAUUAGCGGCUUAGCGGCUAUUAACGGCUUAGCGGCUAUUAACGGCUUAGCGACUUUAAGAAAAAGGAAACAAACUCGCAAGAAGUUUCGUCUUGCGAAGCAAGUCCAUAGGGAAAUUCAUCUUGCGGAACGACUCAAAAAACGGAAAACUCUUUCGUCUAGCGAGUUUUUCGUCUUGCGGGGCACCACUGUAAAUUCUCAGUGCACUUUUCAGAUUGCUGCCAAAUACAUCUGGUAUAGAAUUUUUAAAUGUAGUCUGUUUGUGCAGUUUUGUGGUUUGUGCAAAUCUGGGGGACCAAAAGGGGCGAAAAUAAUCCAUUCAGGAGUGCACUGGAAAUAGUUAUGAGGACAGCUGGGAAAGAAAUGUACGUACUGAGGAAGUAGUAGGCAUGGACAGGCGAGCAACAGAAAGUGACAACUGACUCACUCACCCCCCAAACACAGAAAAAUACUUUAUGUGACCCCAAGUGAAUUCUCCCUAUAUUGAGUAAACCUGGAUUUACCAGUGGGGGUGGUGGGGAUGCAUCAAGUUGUGUGUUAUAAGGUCAUACUGUUGUAAACAAAAAUUGCCCUUUUCCCUUAUGGGGUAAGAGCCCAUAUAGAGUCCUUACAUAGGUUCUCUAUUGGUAGGAGAGAAUAACAGAGGCCAACCAGAGAAUAUUGAGAAGCAAAGCAGCUAGUAAGCUUGAUCUUUAUUGAUCUGUUGCAACAGGGUGCUCCCUUCACACGCAGGAAAGGAGGAGGACCCAGAAAAAUGGUGUGCAAAGCCUUAUAAAGACUUUUGAAAUUCCCAUCCUGUAGAUCAAGACCACCCCCAGAAACAUCAUACAUACAUCACAGAAGGGCUGUAACCUAAGACCACUCCUCAGAUACAUCACACCUACAUCACAAAAAAUGCGGUCCAAAAUAGAAAUUUUAAUAUUGUUUUUCUCCUGUUUUUGUUUAUCUCCUGUCUGGCAGGUUACUUGAUUGGAUUUCCUGGGUAGCCUGGCCAGUCUUUUGUAAUGAUAAAUACUUAGUUCCUGGGCCAGGUCACAGGCUCACACCCUAUUCAAACACAGACAGGAUUUGUGAAGGAAAAGACAAUGGGGAGGCUUUUCCAUUUUGACCUUGCAGAGAAAAGAUUUGGUCAGUUUAGGAAUCAAAAUGGUUCCAGGUUGGCCUUCCUGUGCUGAUCUAUGUAUGUGCUUGGUUGGUACACUUAUGAACAUUACCAUAUAUCUAAGACCAUAAAAUUCCUAUUACAAUACACAAAUUAAAUGGGAAUGCAAAAGGCUGCAAACACACAGUAAGCUCCAGCAUGCACAAGCUGUUUGUGCAAUUCAAGCGCUCUGUUGCCCUUGUGCAACAAAUCCACUUUAAAAAACAACAGACCUCUUGAAAUUUGAAAAGUGAUGAUUAGGAAAGAGUGGGAUAAAUGAAUGAUUAACAAGAUGUGUGAACAUCUCACAAGCAAAUCAAAAUGACUGCUCAUUGUCAUAUAACCACUCAAUAACAAGUCAGAAUGAAUGCUCAACAAAGACCAGACUACCGUGUAAGCUUUGUGCAAACAAAUCAGAGUGAAUGUUGAACAAGCACUUUAUCUGGAGGAACUCAAAGCUCAUGGCUUUUAGAUCUUUUAUUCAUUUUGUACUUCUUCCUUCAGUUUUCCUCUCCAACCUGAUGUCUUGGCUUUAACUAUGAUUCUAAUCCGCUAGAAUGGACUCCUGAUACCAAAUUAGUUUCUGAAGGCCAGAUAUUGCAAAGUCCACCCAUACAGUUCAUUUCCCCACGUUAACUGCAAUACAAAGGAAUCUGCAUUCACAGCCACGGAGUUGAAAGGCAUCAGCAUUUCUUAAUGAUAGAGAAGCACCCUGAAAAUUGCUGUGCCAUAUCCAUCCUACCCACAUCACCCGCUUCUUACCAUGGAGCAGGUCUCCAGGAUUCUUGUGUCACCAACUGUGCCAUGGCAUUCCUCCCUUUCUUUUACAGCUUCCUGAAGCAAAAUGAAAGAUGCCUGGUAUUUCUGGGUCUCCAGCAUGCUCUGGGUAUGGACUGUUGCAUCAGGACAUCCCUGCAAUAUUGACAAGCAGGUAAGCAAGAUAUACAUCUGUAUAUAGUGAAGAAUAAUCUGAAAAUUCUGCAUCCUGCAAGAUCUUGAUCAGUUUAUCUGAUUAAAGGUUGGCUGUAUGUGAUAAUCUCCAGAUUUUUCAGUUCCACUUCCCACUUUUUUAAAAAAGUUAUGCAUUCUAAUAACAUUCACAAUUAAAACAUACACUAUUGUAAAAAGUAAAGGUAAAGGUACCCCUGCCCGUACGGUUCAGUCGUGUCCGACUCUAGGGUUGCGUGCUCAUCUCACUCUAGAGGCCGUGAGCCGACGCCGUCCGAAGACACUUCCGGGUCAUGUGGCCAGCGUGACAAAGUUGCAGCUGGCGAGCCAGCACCAGCGCAGCACACGGAAACGCCGUUUACCUUCCCGCUAUAAAGCGGUCCCUAUUUAUCUACUUGCACUUAAGAGUGCUUUUGAACUGCUAGGUGGGCAGGAGCUGGGACCGAACGAUGGGACCUCACCCUGCCGUGGGGAUUCAAACUGCCGACCAUACGAUCGGCAAGUCCUAGGCACUGAGGUUUUACCCACAGCGCCACCCGCGUCCCUAUACACUAUUGUACAGAGGCUUAUUCUUCCAAUGGUUGUCAUUUAUAUACGAUAAUGAACACUGUCAUGAACUGUAUCCUGUAGCCUGAUCCAAGGCUCAGAAGUCAGUGAAAGUGAACUUACUUCCAAGUAUGUUUGCCCAGGAUUGCAAUCCUAGUGAAAUAACUACUCCAGACAUAGCCUGGAUUUAACUAAACUGGAUCAAUAUGUGAUUUAGCUAUUCAGCUUUAUCAACACUAAUCCCCAUACUGAUCCCUGCUACUCUAAAGGGCAGAUUGGGGAGAUUAACAGGGUCAACAGGAGUGCAGCCCAAGUGAAGGGUUGGUAUGCAUAAUCUCUGCGUAAUUGAUUUUGCCAGUACUCCUUAUGCAUUUCAAGUAUGUCACUAACAUAUGUGUGGGAAAUGUCAGUGUAGUGGGUUUAGGGGUUGCUCGUGCGUAAGUUGCCGCCACUCCUGGCUAGGUUACCUGGUUAACCCUUUCUGACUGAACAGCCUCCAGCAUCGUGACUGUCUCAGUCGCUGGCAGAAUCCGUCAGUGGGCGUUUCUUAAACUUCUUCCAGCACAAAAAUUCCUUGAUGCCAAGUCUCCUCCUACUCUCCCUGCACGGAAGUCUUCUGCGCAGGGAGGGUGUGGGCAGUGGAGUACCCGUACUCUCUCCGCUGGUCUCCGGCGAGGAGUCUUGGAGCCUCCUCCCCGAUUUCCCCAUCUGCCCCCCUUCUCUACUGGUGUUACACUGAUUUCCUUCCCCAGCAGACGGGUUCCCUCUCUCCCUACUGGGACCCUCUCCGCCAUCCCUUUGGAGCCUUCCCUCUGCUUCCAGCUCCGAUGGCAGUUCCCUGACAGUCAGCUUGCUUCAGCUUUAGUGCACUCUAGUUCAAAUUUAACACUUUUUUAAAAAAAAAUUACAUGAGAUGUUGCAACCUGCAAAACAUGGUUAUUUGCUAACAGUAGCAUGCAAAAGCAGCCUUAAAUUUGAGCAUCUAUAUACUUGGCAGUCAGUCCCAACCACUUUUAAUUGAGGUGAAGGCAAGCUGCAGAAGCUUUUCUGUCGCCCAGUAGCUAAACGAUUCUUUUAGGGAAAGAUCUCAACCCAAACUAAAUAAUUGAUUUGAAUGAUGAUGCUUGAAUGUCUUGUGGUUUCAUGCCGGUACUAUGAUUUUUCACAGGGAUGGGCAGCCUGCAGUGGAAAGAGCCUUCUCCAUGCUCCAAAAUCUCUUCCCAGACAUAUCACCAACCUGGACUUGUCUUUUAACUCAUUGAUAAUGCCCAGACAUGGAACAUUUCUGAGAAGCUUCCCUUCUCUGCACUCUCUAAACCUCUCCAGCAAUACCAUUCCUACUCUCUAUCCUGGCCUCUUUUGUAACCUGGGUGCUCUCCACCUCUUGGAUUUAAGCAGUUGCAGCAUUUCCAACAUGCACUCAAAGAGCUUCCUGGGCUUGAAAAACCUUCACAUACUGCUCCUGAAAAACAAUAAACUUCAGUAUCUGGAACCCUCUGUGUUUCCGGUCUCUGGAAACCUCAUCCAUCUGGAUCUGCAGGACAAUGAGCUGUUAUAUUCAGCUGAACUUGCUCGGUUACUCGUGCAAAGAAUCCACCAUGUUGAGCUUCAGGGGAAUCCCUGGGUGUACAGUGCCUCCAUCACUCCUUCCCAACAGGGACUACAACAAACAGAAGGUGAGUCAAGCAAUGGGAAGUGGGUUGUCGAGUGGACAGUACUCAGAAACAUGGAGCUCCCGCUAUUCAAUGUUCAAACCAAAACAAAAAAAAGCAGCAGGUUGCAUCCAAGUAGAAAGCACUGUGGUUCUCUGGGUAUGAUAGAAGUUUAUAAAAGGGCUAGUUAAAAGAAAAGCAACCCUUCUACCAAGGAAACUGGCAGAGCAGUGGCCUGUCCUCUUCAACCAGGCCACUCGCCCAUAUGGAAUUCUAUACUAUAUGCCCCUGCUUGAGGCGUAUAAUGGGGAAACACGCACACAGUCUCUGAUAAUUGGUUUCUAAAUAACAACAACAACAACAACAACAACAAUAAUAAUAAUAAUAAUUUAUUAUUUAUACCCUGCCCAUCUGGCUGAGUUUCCCCAGCCACUCUGGGCGGCUCCCAAUCAAGUGUUUAAAACAAUACAGCAUUAAAUAUUAAAAAUUUCCCUAAACAGGGCUGCCUUCAGAUGUCUUUUAAAGAUAGGAUAGCUGCUUAUUUCCUUCACAUCUGAAGGGAGGGUGUUCCACAGGGUGGGCGCCACUACCGAGAAGGCCCUCUGUCUGGUUCCCUGUAACCUCACUUCUCGCAAUGAGGGAACUGCCAGAAGGCCAUCGGCACUGGAUCUCAGUGUCCAGGCUGAACGAUGGGGGUGGAGACGCUCCUUCAGGUAUACAGGACCGAGGCCGUUUAGGGCUUUAAAGGUCAGCACCAACACUUUGAAUUGUGCUCGGAAAUGUACUGGGAGCCAAUGCAGAUCUCUCAGGACCGGUGUUAUGUGGUCCCGGCGGCCACUCCCAGUCACCAGUCUAGCUGCCGCAUUCUGGAUUAAUUGCAGUUUCCGGGUCACCUUCAAAGGUAGCCCCACAUAGAGCGCAUUACAGUAGUCCAAGCGGGAGAUAACUAGAGCAUGCACCACUCUGGCGAGACAGUCUGCGGGCAGGUAGGGUCUUAGCCUGCAUACCAGGUGGAGCUGGUAGACAGCCGCCCUGGACACAGAAUUAACCUGCGCCUCCGUGGACAGCUGUGAGUCCAAAAUGACUCCCAGGCUGUGCACCUGGUCCCUCAGGGGCACAGUUACCCCAUUCAGGACCAGGGAAUCCCCCACACCCGCCCCGUCCCACAAAAACAGUACUUCUGUAUUGUCAGGAUUCAACCUCAAUAAUAAGAUUAAAUACUCCUGUAAAAAAAAGAGGAUACAAAAUAGAACCAAUGGAGGGCAGGUUUUCAGUGUGUCACUGACUACACCCAAUAAGAUGUGUUCACGACAAGCUCUCUGUACAACUGCAGUAUUUCUGCUUAUAUUGAAGAAAUAGAGACUUCAUAUCUGACAAAAUGAAGACAAGGAAUAAUCCCAGGAAACCAAGUCGAUUUAGGCAGUCUCAAACCAGGAGGUGGGCAAAAGGUUUUGCCUCUCAUAAACCACCUAAGAUUUGUAUUAUCUCAAUGGGAUGAACCUAGGAUGGAAAAUAAACCUGUAAUCUCUCCGUGUGAAUGGACACUAACAGCUUUUGUGUCCUCUAGCUGAGUUGAUCCAUGAUUCACGCCUAGAGCUCCAGACUAAAGAGAUUAGAACUCUGGACUAUCAGGACCAGGGACACAGAAGAAAAGUGAGGGCCCCUCCGGAUGAACAUUCAGCUACCGGUAACCUGACAUCUAAGAAUUACAGUAAGUGAAGCAAGACAGGCCACUUCCAGAGUGUCACCAUUUUCAGGUGGGAUUGAAUAACAUACCAGCAGAUUCAGGUUUUAAUUGAUGUAACCCACCCUGGAAUCUUAGGGUGAAGGGUAGGCAAUAACUAAAUAAAUAAAUGCAGGUUGGGAGGUCUUGAACAACAAAUGUGCUUCCCCCCAAUACUGCACUUUUGUGGUUAGGAAAGUGAUGGGAAAAUGCACAGGAAAGCAUGGCAUAACACAGGCUUCUUCAACCUCGGCCCUCCUGAUGUUUUGGGCCUACAACUCCCAUGAUCCCUAGCUAGCAGGACCAGUGGUCAGGGAUGAUGGGAAUUGUAGUCUCAAAACACCUGGAGGGCCGAGGUUGAGGAAGCCUGGCAUAACACUUGCUUGACAUAAUGACAUACGUAUAACCUCCUUGCAAACAAAACUGUAUGAGUGUUCAAGAAAUAGCCAAUGUCAUCUAACCUCUCAGCAACCUUGGGGCAAACAAAUCACGACAAAUGCUCAAUAAACUGGGGGUCCUUCUGAUGAGCUAUAACACCCAUUUUAUAAUUUUUGCAUUUGACAUGUUUUCUCCACUGAAUCCCAGAACCAUCACUCACUGGUGUUCCCCUAGGAGAGCUUUCUGUGAGACUGCAUUAGAGUUGCAGUCACCAGUGCAAAUGGCAUGUGUUAGGGAGGCCAAUUCCUGCUCGUUUUUUGCUGAUCCAGGCAUAGUUAGAUGAUUUGGCAGGGUUAACAGAGGUAUCCCAUUCUGAUUAAAACCAUAAAGGGUAACUCUAAACCCUGGUAAUGAAAAAUGUUUUUAACGACAUGCUUCUUUCUGUGUUUCCUGUUUACCAGCAUUGUUGCUCACAACAGUGCUAUAUGAAAGCAGGAAAUCCUUCCUGAUGGUGGUGGUGCUUGCAACAGUCAUUUACAAAUGAGAUAAUUAGCUGAUUCUAGCUACCAGCUUCCACAGAGUUAUGAGAAGCUUGCAAUGAUGAUCCCAAGGCAGGCAAAAAACCUCAAAUCAACCCAACCCUAAAAUAGCCAAAUCUCUAUGAAUGCCUUGAUCCACAAAUGAACAAGGUAGAAUUUUAGGCUUUGUUUUGCUCUAGAUUAGUUAGCUGGGGCUGGAUCUGCAGAUUACUCUCAGCAAACUUUCUUCUAGUCAUAUCGUGCUGUGUUUAAUGCCACUAUUGUAUUGAGCCAAUAUUAGAUAACCUUGUAGAAGGGAAGGAUCAGGCACGGAAGGUCAGUGACAGGCUCCACUGUAGUCCCUGACUCAGUGGAUGAAAUGCUUGCUAUACUACUAUGUGUUGACAUCAAUAACUUCCAAUUUCAGCUUGAUAUGCUUAGCCCAGGAAUGGGUGCCAUUUGCCAGGGAGAGUGGCUCAUAUCUCCAAUGACCUCUGUCGCUGUACUAUUUUCAUCAAAGAAAAGACAUAGGACUAUGAUUUCCCCCUGUUCACACCUAUUAAGAAAAAAGACAGAGGUGUGUCAUGCAAUUCAAUGCAUGCUUACUCACUUCAGUGGGAUUUAUUCCUGAGUAAGUUUUCACAUAGGUUUGUAGUCAAAUAUAUUUCCUGAAUGUGAACAUGGAUAGUGAGUAUUUUAAUUAUACACCAGCUUUCCUUUCCUUUGCAGCCUCUACUACCACACUUCCCCCUGGAAAAGUUGCUCAUAGCUGGCCAUACUUUGCUGCAUUUGUGCUUUCGGCUAUCGCCAUCUCCAUUGUGAUUGCGUUGGUUGCUAAAUGCAAAUUGUUGCAGAGGAACCGUGCCAGCUACAACCAUCAACGGCUGCCUGAUUCCCGCUCCAUUGGAAGCAGCCAUGCUGAGGAAGCUGACAUGGAUGUGGCCUAUGGGAGGAACCAAGGCAUCCCUAGAGUAGCUGGGUGUCCUGCAGAGGAUGAUGAUGGUUUCAUUGAAGAUAACUACAUUGAACCCAAUCAGGGCUUGCAGGAAGAAGAAGAGGAGGAGGAGGAGGAGGUGGCAGAGGAGAAAGAGAAUGAACUGGAACCCCAUUUCAAACUUUGAGAGGAUAUUAGGAACCAAGCACCAAUUUUUCAUAUUCUCCAAUACCUUAUCACCCCAUUUUCUAGGAGCUUCCAGUUAUCUCAUACUUGUUACAGAUUCUCCUACCUGCUCUUUGGCUUCAGACCAAUAUCUGAUCUACAACCCUUAGCUUCUUGCUAACAACUAUAUUCUCCCCUGUUUUCUGUACACUGAACUGCAGUAGCUUCUCAAUACAUUUCAUUUGUGUAAUUUGAGGUUACCCAAGGAUUACCUCCCACAUUAUUGUGUACUAGACUGCAAGGCUUAGGCUAUUGAAAGACAGGCAGAAUUUUAAUGAACCCAGCCCACUGUGGAUGCAGUUUUUAAGUGUAAAAAACCCAAAUUAUGUGUUGUUCUUUAAAAUCCUAGCACACACUUGAUCAAAUAAAUAUUCAAGGUACAUGAGGAAAAGCUGCAUGUAGUAGAGGUGGGGAGAAUGGUGAAGAGCAGCUUUUCCCAAACUGAUGCCCUCUAGAUAUUGUUGGACAACUCCUAUUGUACCCAAUCUAGUGACGAGGAAGAGCUGCACUGAUCCACAGAAAGAAGCCAGACAAAAAGUAAAAAGUCCAGACUAGCAUCCAUCAUUACAAUGUUUAUGCAUGGCCUCUCUCUACAACCAGUGUCAAGUUUCUUAAUUUUGUAGUGGUUCCAAAGUAUUUCAAGAUGGGAGUGGAAAUUGUGAGAAGAGCCUUGCUGUGAGAUUUUUGGAUGUUGCCAACAUGUGGAAGAGAGAUGUGCCUAAACAAAGAAGUUAUUCUAAGGAUAAUACAGGAAUGUGCUAGGAGGGACACUUGGUUCAUUCACAUCUUGUUUGUGGCCAACAUUUUUGAGUGUUGCCUGUGAUAAGUGAGAAGCCCAUGUAGUGCUGCAGGCAAGCGGCUCUAGGAUGCAGCUCUUGCAAACUUUGUAGGAAUUACGGUAGUUCAAAACAGAAGCAGAAUUACAAGGAGCAUUGAAGCAUCUCACUUUCUGCCGCCACUGGCAUCACUCACACCAGCAACGUUGCUUGGACUGAGGCAGAGGUGUGUUUUGCUAUCUAGGUUUUGUUCCAUACCCUGGGCUGCACAUUGUACAACCAGUGGAUAUAAUUCCCUUAUACAAUCUCUUUUAUCUGUGUAUCAAAUGAUAUUUAUGCUUCCAGGCAAGCCAUCCACUCUGUGCUUGGUAUAAUUCAAAUGAGAACUGCCCAUUACAGUGGCUUUAGAAAUGUAGCAGCAAUCCUUCCUCUUACUAAUUUCUCAUUAUUCUUCCUUCUGAUUGUAGUUUUCUUCAACUACCAGUUGACCACUGGUAGUUUCAUCAAGUGUUCAGCUUUAGAACCUCUCCUGUUUGAUGCAAGAUGUUCAGAUGGCAGUACAUCAUAGGCCCUUCAGAUUGUGUGGGCAUGUACACCUCUUCCCUGAAGCUGUGCUUCUGUCAAUAUAGCUUUUUGCCAGUACUGAAACCACAAUGAUUUCACUACUGGAGAGUCUCCUGUUUCUUAUGUCUGCUAUCCUUUUCUGGGGAUGACGGCAAGGUUGCUUCCAUUGCAGCCAGGAGUUUCUCCCUCCUCCUAUGGGAGGGCUUUGUAGCAGGAUCAAGCAAAGGAAACAAUGGCACAUGUUGUAGAAUCAGGUAUAGCCUCAUAAACUGCAAAUCCUAAGUUAGUGAAAACAAAAAAUCUUGCCCCAUUUGCUGUUUCAAUUCCUUCCUGAUAUGGCAAUGUCAACCCAGUGUUGUUUUGGGUGAACUGAAUAAGGCUUUGGGAUCAGAGAAGGCAAUAUGUUUCCCAGUAUGCGAACAUCACCUUUAUUAUAGUAACUGUAUCAAUAAGAAAUUGCUCAUUUAAGUGAUAUGAAAGUAUUUCUAGGAUGAAAUACAAGUGAGACUUGAAUGGAAAUUAUCUCCACCAGAAUCUGUGCAGUGGUGUGGCUGUUUCAUAAUUAAAUACACUCCAGUGCUUUUAAACAAAUGAUAAUAUUGUGAAUUUAACCCUGAAAAUGGGAUCAUUUGGGUGUUUAUUCUCAAGGUUUAUAAGAUCAUACAGUGUUUUCCCUUUAGCCAAACAAAACAUUGAGCUGCACCUUCUCUUUACUUCUCUACAGCAAGCGGAUUCUGUGCAAAUACCAAGACUCCACAUUAUGCCUUAAUCAGAUAUUUCAGCUAGUCAUGCAGUAUUGCCAGAAUUAUUCAUAGCAAUAAAUGACACUCCUCAUUUUUAGCUGUUUUCUCCCUGUUUGCUCAGACUUCUGUCCCUCACUGUAGAGUUGUGGUUCAGUUUUGCAGCAUCACAUCAGAAGAUGAAGAGGUGCUGGAAGCAACCAGCUUGUGUUCAAUACAAAAACUGGGAUAUAAACAAAGCAAGGCCUGCAGAAGACAUCUAUAGCAAAAUACACAGGCUUCACCCAAAGAAGUCAUGAGCUGCAGCUACUUCCAUUCCCUGUAAAUGUCUACUACCAUCAAGGAAGCAGAAAUCUGAAGUGACGGACAUCAUGAUUCUCCAGCAAGAAAUUGUCCAUGUGCAGACAAGAACAGUGGAACUAUGCAAAACUUAAUUUAAACAUCUAAAUAAAGUGGGCUGGGUUAGAGGCUUCCUUUUGCUGCAGGAUAUCUAUAAAAAUACAUGUGAAACUUUUUUAAAAAAAACUUGAGUCAAAGUAACCCAAUUCCAUCUAGUUUGACUGGAGCAAAUGCAUUACCAAAAGAAAGUCAAAAGAUGUAGGACCAAUCAAGACAUUUUGUUGCCUGAAGCAAAAGACAAGACAGUGGUUCCCCGUUGUUAUUUUCAGGUGGGAUUAAAUCACCUAACGGGAAAUUCAGGUUGCACAAUUAUAGUUGAUUAGAAGCUCUUGCACAACAAUCAUAAAGGUAAAGGUACCCCUGCCCGUACGGGCCAGUCGUGUCCGACUCUAGGGUUGUGCGCUCAUCUCACUUAAGAGGCCGGGAGCCAGUGCUGUCCGUAGACACUUCCGGGUCACAUGGCCAGCGUGACGAAGCUGCUCUGGCGAGCAUACUUCCCCCAAAGAGUGGACUUUUUGUGGUAAGGAAAGUGAUGGGGAAAUGCACUGGAAGGUGUGGAGUAAUACUUUGAAAUAACAUCACCUUACCUCCUUGCAAACAAACCAGGAUGAAUGCUCAAUAAAUAGACAUCUUUACUCCAGCACUGGUGAUGGGACAGCAUCCUCCACCACACCUGAGGGCAGCAGGCUAGUUUAGAGGGCACAGGUCAUCAGAUGGCGACAUGACACACGCAGCUCUAAACAGCUUGGUGCCACUACUCUACCCCCUGGAAACUGCUGACUGGCGUAGCACCCUCACUCAACCUAACGAUAGCAGGCUCUGAAAAAUGGGACAGAGAUUUGUAUAUACUAAUGUAUACUAAGAGGCACACAUGAAGAAAUUGCUACUAUAAAUGAAAAUAAAAUAUAUCUCACCA